AUUCCUGAUUUUUCUUUGUUUCUGGCGGCUUUGUAUGGUGAAUCGGCUGAGGUUCUUAGUUUUAUGCACGAUUGCGUGAAUAAGUUUCAAGAAGUGUCGUAAGCGGGCAGUAAUUCGUGACCUGUUUGGGAACACUACGGGUACUUCUACCAUGUCCGACUGGUACCCAGAAAACCCCCCAAAAUUAAAUACUUUAAUCAUAAAAAGAUAAAAUAAUAAUCGGGUGAAUGCAAGAUGGCUUAAUGUUACUUUGGGCGGCGACGGAAGUCAAACUAGUUGAAUGCUUUCAGUUUCUCUUUCUCAACCCGAACGGAAAUCCACUCUGCAAGCCGUGCAAGCUUUUUAAAAAAAACGUAUAUGUUUUAUUCGUAUUAUAUAACGUUAGUGAUAAUUAACUAAUCAUUCGGUAACUUUAAAACUGAAAAAUUUACUAAACAAUUUGUGGAAAUAGUUGAUGGCGUCUUGGUUGGGCGGCUGUUAACGUGACUCCUUGGCCUGAGCCAAUCCGAUCCAAAGUAUAUGCAAUGCGCGCUUUUUGUUUGUAGCACGAUAAGUACCAGGGUACCAGCCAACGUUGGUACCAGCAGCGUUCGUCUCCUGCACAUUUUAGCGAUACUGCUGCUAGGCUAACUAAACUACGAAUUACUACUACUAAUACCAGCAGCGCCAGCAGUACCAAUAGCCAGUAGUGCAGUCAUACGGUAGUACUCUGAAUCUCACAGUCAAGCACUUCAACGCUCGACAUUUUCGAAGCCUUAACCCAUGAGUCGAUUAAAAAAAUCGACUGGGAGUGCUGGAACGCCGCUGAGCGAGUUUGUGCUCGAUAUAUUAACCAGCAGUAGCAGCGAUGACGAAGAUGUGCUUGCUGCCCGUCCCGAUCAUCAUUUUAGGUUGCUGGACUGGGUGGAUUCACCAACGAAGGGUGCAGCGAUGUAUCGGGCUACGUUCCGCAAAGGGAAGCAUCCAUUACUGAGCUGUUCACCCAAGGCAAAGACUCUGACUCCGCGGUCGGUGCCUCCAGUGGCCACCACAACAGCGACCGCCACGGCAGCCUUCGUGACGCCCGUCGGAGACCCCACGGUGGCAGCCACCCCCCCUGCUAGGAGAGCCCCUGCUUGUAGGGCGGCUUGGAUUGGCUUCUCAACCGGACGGGGUCGGCGGCCCUCCUGGCUGGAGGGCUCGAGCAGCGAAGAGGAGGACGGUGCGGACCGCAAGGCCCCCCUGUCUCCGGAGGAGAGGGACCGGGACGCCUGGUUUCUAGAGUCCCUCUCGGAGGCCGUCGAGCCAGAGCGGAGCCAGCCGGAUGCCCUGCUCUUCCGACGACGUUUCGGAGUGCUCCGGGACAAGCUGGUGUCCGAGCUCUUCACUGUAUUCAACCGGGAGCUCUUUCGGGACAGGCUUCCGAGGCAAGAGAUUGCAUGGAGAGGACGCUUGACCUCGACGGCUGGCCGCUGCGUUUUCCUCGAGGGCCAAAGCUACAGGGUGGAGCUCUCUACGGUGCUGCUAACCAGUGCCGAACGCACCCGGGACACCCUGCUGCACGAGCUGUGCCACGCGGCCGCCUGGUGUGUCCAGCGCUCGAAAGGCGGCCAUGGCCACGCAUGGCGCUUCUGGACGGACCAAGCCAAGCAACGAUUCCCCAAGCUGCCAACCGUUUCCACAUGUCAUAGCUAUAAGGUGCAGCGCACUCUUUUCACAUGACACUUUCACCGUGACAAAGCACUUUCUUGUGCUAUGUUGUCGCGGCUGUCGUAGUUUCCACACAGCUGCAAAAGCAUUGCAUCUUUUUCGCGCGAGCUCUCGUGCGAAGGAGAUUCCAAUUGAAGCCAUGUGCUUGAACAAGUAACCAACUUUCGAGCACGGCAGAAGCUACUCCAGCCUUUGUCAGUGUGGCACAAAAAAGAUGACGCUGAGUAUGCCACUGGCAAGUUCACAGAACUUGCCGGUGGCAUUUUUAGAUUUUAUUUGUUUAUAUGAAUACUUUAGGCCAUGACCUAAUGUGAUAACUAGAAUUGAAAUGACACCGCCCCGCCAACAUGCUGGCAUUUUUAAUGAAACGAGAGCAAGUACACUGUUGUCCUUGUUGCUCAAUUCACUCAGGAAUUAACCAAGCUCAACACGUCUUAUGGCACACCGUGCAUUCACAAGGGCGCCCAUUAAACCAGGUACCGCAAGGCGGCCAUGCAGUUGCCUCGCCUCAGACAUGAUCAAGUGGUUGUGUCGCCGCGGGGUCGAUCGGGAUUUCGAAUUCGGCUCCCGACGUGCCGCUUUCUCUCCUAGCCACUGGAUGGCGCUGCAGGCACCCCAUGGUGGGCGAGGAGAAACCUCCUCGCCCAUCAAUCGAGAUAUACUCGGGGCUAAGGGGGAGAAUAGGCUUUUUAGGACUUCGGGAGGCCACCGACACGAGGCAAGUGUGUGGCGACCGGAUAAGCGCGGGACACGAGGCCUGGGCCCCUCUUUGUGUUUAGGUUUGGCUUAACGUGUGUUUGUAAAUAUUUGUGUAAUGUUGCGUUUAUUUGUAGUUUAGAUUGAGUGUUUUGUAGCGUUGUGAUUUAUGUACCAAUAAAAGGGGAGCGGAAUUCUGCUCCCGUGAAAGAACCCGGUUGGACUUGUGUUGUUGACGGACCAUGUGGGAAAUGGCGAAUCGGCCGGGGUACGCAAAUUCCUACAGUCUCUAAAAAAACAAUCAGUUAAUUUGACAGUUCUUGCUUUUUUGCGAUUUUUAUAACAACACUCGAACAAAUACUUGUCUUUUAAUGGAGAUAUCUUUUGA